CUUCCAGGCUCUUUAAUCCAGCGCAGAUAGUUCGAUUCAACGGAGAGCCAAGGAAGACGAUUUUCAGCUAAAAUGUCUUUCAGUCGGUUAUUAUCUCGAUCAGUUCAUCUUAACAGACUUGGAUCCAGAUCUGCCUUCACCAGCUCCAAUCAUGGCGUCACCAAACCAAACUUGCUGAAGGUCGGGCUCACCUUUGGGACAGCAGCUUUCCUCUGGGGCUUGCUUUUCAAGCAGCACAGCGAAGACGUUCACGAGUACAAAGUGAGGAACGGUCUCCAGUGAGCUGGGACGAUGCCAGGACGUCUUCAGAUCUUCUCUGCUGGACGGUUCUGGUUCCUCUGCUCUCUCCCCCUGAACUCUGUAAAUUAAAAUAAAUGACUUGAAAACA